UGAAAUUCCUUCGACGGUGAGACGGCCAUUGUUGAAAAGAACGUGUUGUUUUAAGCGUUCGUUUUGCCCUCAAAAACUGGGAUAUAACGCGAACUUUUUAAUGAAAUUUGAAGAAAACAUGCCUCGUUCGAGAAGGCGACGUGAGGGGAGUUCAGAAGAGAGCAGCGUUGCAAGUUAUCGGAGAAAAAGGCAUCGACGUAGUUCGCCCUACGCUUCGCAUUCGAGUCGCAGUACUUACCGAAGCCGGCGUUACGAAGACAGUAAAAGCAGUACUGGAAGUGGAAGAAGGAGGCCACGGAGCAGAAGUAGAAGUGAACGCCGACAGAGGAGAAGAAGAGAUAGUCCUAAUGACUCAAAAUAUUCUGUAAGUAACUUGUUUUAUAGCGGAGAAAAAUUCAAAAAUUUUGCCUUUCUGCUGUUCGUUCGACUGCCAAGAAUUGAAGGGACGAGCAAGAUACAUUUGUAAUACUAUUUGGGGUAUUUUAACAAAAGCAUUGGCCUUCUAACUUUUAAAAACCGAUGGGAAACCAAAUUUUAAAUCACUGUUGAGUGUGGCACUUUUUUUAAUACUAUUUGGAAAUCUCUGGUUUCAGCCAAUGUUAUCUUGAAAUAUGGUCAGCGAUAUUGUCUGUGGGCUCGAAAUUUGUCAGAAUGAAAUUUUGAUAACAUGCGCCUAAAGCAGAAAUGUGUAAAAUGCCCCAGAUGUAUUACUUUAUAGAAAGUCUGUUUAAUAAAGCAUGUUUAAAAUUGCACAAUAUAUGCAUUUCACAAGUUCGGUAUCUGGUUAAUUGACUAUUUUUAGGUUUAAAGGUAGGUGCCGUGUGGUAAAUAAUUCUGAUAACUUAGCUCAAAUGACUAGUUUGCUGAACUUGCUAGAUGUGCAUGUUGCUAUUUACACUUCUGGUGCUAUAUUUGUGAUUGUAAAAAUCUGUGCUUGCAUUAUGAUUCAAUUAUUGUAAACUCUAUAUGCAAAAUAUCACAUGUCAUACACAUAAUAUCACAUGCUUGUCAUACUAGCAAAGUGUGGCAUUUAAUUGAGAAUCAAAACUCACAUGCCCUGCUUGUGUGUAUAUCUUUCUAUAUCUGAAAAUGAAAUGCUGAAUUGAAUGUCCCGUUAAUGCAACUGCGACGAUAAUGCAAUUGUUUCGAUCAAAUGGAUGUGAAUGAAUUUCAAUGAAUAUCGCAUAUCUGUCGAAUUGCUGGCUGUUUGCACAAAACCGUUGAUCACAACAGAAGGAAAGACAAGGGAGCGAAGAGAAGGGAAGGAAGGACGGAACAAGCCAAAUGGUGCAGGAUGAUAAAGAUGGUCACUUAAAGUACAAACCUGGCGAUUGGUUGAAUGAAAGAUGUAUUAAAAUUUUUCAGUACUCUCUUUGUUUUGCGGUAACAUUAGAUAUACUUAAAGAUGUUUUGAGUGAGUUGCUGCCGUUGUUUAGACUUUAGAUCAGGUUUCAUAAUGGUAAUUGUUGAAGAUGUUAUGGGCUUAUGGCAAUGACUGGUGAAUGGAAUUUUGAUAAUACUAGAUCGAGAAACACUGAUAAUACUAGAAUAUGUUGUGUUCUACAGUAGUUUUCUGAAUUGUUUAUGUAUCUAAACUGCCUAAAAAUGAGUAAAACUCUUUGGUGUUUCAAGCGAAGUUCUUCGUCCAACAUUGAAGUGUUUUAAUUUGGAGCAAAUCAGUAGUCAUUGCCAAUGGUGUUAUCAUUAUUAAACCUGACACUGAACAAUUGAGGCAGGCAGCUUUCUCAAACAUUUUUUGAGCUCUGAGAUCCGUUGAAAACCAACACGAAAUAAUAUUAUGGUUGUUUGAUUUGUACUUGACAGUCUUGACUAACAAUGACUACACAGUUGCUUGUAAUGAACUCAUAAAUCAUCCUUUUGAAAGCAUACUUCACAAUAAUUUUCUUUUUACGAUGGUACAGUACCAAUGAGAUAAAGUAAUAUGCUUUUUAAUUGAAUGAAAGAUCACAUACUGAUAGUCCAUAUAAACUGAUUUCCACAAUUUAUUUUUUGCCUAAAUACUUUAUGAACACCAUCAUACAGUUCUUACAAGAUGUAGAUUUGUUUCAAGUUAAGUUUAUAAUCUUAUUAUAAGAAAUGUGCUUUCUAAGAACUUCUUUUGAAGUACAUACAUUUCAUCUUAUUCACCAGUAAUCCAGGCUGUAUGGCGUUUUCUUUUUCUGAGAAUCAAGACUAAACAUCUGCCAUAUGAAACAGAACAUUUUGUCACUUUGGUUUAGCAGCUGUUGAAUUCGGGCAAAUACAUUAAAGUAUUUUAACACGUAAAAGUGUCGUAAUGUAUGGCUUGCACAAGUUCUAUACAAAUGCGAAUUGCACUAUUACCGCACUAUACAAAUUGUGAAUAUCCCUAGCUCUGAUUGGACAGGCAGGUACCAUGCUACACGCCUCAUAUAUAUUCUUCUGUUGGCGCAAUUACGAUUUCUUUCAAGAAUAUGUAUUGCUUUUAUUUCAGAGUUGGAUUCUGUUCAUUUCUUGCUUCAUUAUAAUAUAUUGAUUUUUUGUGUUAUUUAGAUAAAAUUCUUAGUAUGCUAGGUGAAGGCACGUUUGCCAAGUGUUUGGAAUGUUAUGACAGGUAGGUUAAAAAAUAAGAAUUAAGAGGCAAUUUUUUUUCAAUGUCACGUAUAUUCAGUGAAAAGUGUUCAAAACCUAAAAUCUUUUUGGAGUUCCUCUCAAAAUUACUUUGCUUUAGCUUUAUUCUCUAGUUUAUAGAGUUAGCAACCUGUUUAAAUGCAUCUGCCGGUUGAGAAACAUAAAAUAAUAGUUAAAAAUUGUCAAUUAAAAUACAAUUAUCAAUGAUGCUUUAAAAUUGAUGCCAUAUUUACACUUUUACAGCCAUGUAAGCAAAACUUACUGAACUUCAGACAUCAUUUUCUCUUUGGCAUAUAAAACAUUACAGAUAAAACAUUAAACAUACUUUUUAAGUUUGUUUGCCGAUUGAGAAACGUAUCGAAAAAUAAAAAUUUUGAAUUUAGUCAUAACGUCAAGUGGUAUAUUAAACGCAUUAGUUUUGAGUGUGUGUUAUGUAACAUACAAAAAAAUCUCAUAAAUAGUAACCAUUUACUGACACAGUGCCUCCAAUUGUACCCUAGUAUCUUAUUUUAUGAAGAAGCUUUCGUGGGUAAGGAUCAUAGAUAUCUUAUAUACACUAGAUAGCGCAUCUUUUGUAGUAAAAUUGAAGCCAAGAAUAUUCCAGCGGUUACCCCCAUUUGAAUAGAUGGUGGCCAUGUUGGUAGGAAAACAGCAAUAACUUUCAUCAUUUGAAUAGUUUAAAAAUGUAUUUGGAAUAGGUUUAACUUAAUGUUUAAGUUCUCUGUUUAAUGAAAUAGAAAACAUACGAAUCUUCUCAUUUCAUGAUAAUAUCCUGAGUCUGCAAUCACGGCUUCAAUUUUUGAAUUGCAGAAUAAUUAGAUGCACUAUCUAGCCUAUAUUAGAUAUCUGUGGUAAGGAUGCAAUACUUUUCGGCAAUUUCAGGUACCAUAGUUGCAUUCCUACCAACGAAAGCUUGUUCAUAUUAUUGGCACCUACACUGGCACAGACGGUUCAAGAUUUGUUAUUUUAGCCUGUCUAAUAUGUUAAUUUUUUGUUUAGUUCCACAAGACAAACCGUUGCUGUGAAAGUAAUUAAAAAUGUUGAUAGAUACAGGUAACAAAUUAAUUAAGGGCUUAUUUCCAAGCCUUGAAAUUUUACAUUUUCAGCACUGUCCAAUGUUAUACUAGCAACUUGAAAUCAGCUAUCCACCCGGACAAUCUAGUAUCCCACAUUCGAAUAAUGGUUAUUCUAGUUAGCAGUAUCAAAAUGUUGAAGCAAAGUUCAAAAUUCAAUGUUGGUUCUCUUUUGGGAUACUGCAAAUUUUAAGCCCAGAGUCCUAUAUUGCCAUAACAAAUUUUACAGGCAAAAUAUCAAGUAUACAUUUACAGUGAUUUCAAACACCGAAAAGUAUGUUGAAAACAGCACAUUUACGGACCUUGAGCUUCCCCUGCACUAACAUCUUAUUGCCUUUUAGGGAUGCCGCUAAAAUUGAAAUAAAAGUUCUGGAAAAAAUUUGCCAGAGGAAUUCUGCAGACAAAAAGUAAGAGUGAUACAAAGUGAAGUUUUAUCACAGAAUAAAGACCAACAGCAUAACUGCUGCCAUGUCAUGAUUUGCAAUGAUUUGUCAUCAAAGUGCUGUCACCAUGUUCCUAGCCAGGAGAGGCAUUCACCUCCCUGAAUUUUGCCAUUGAAUGUUUUUUAGGGGGUGAGUGCCUUGUAAGUGCACUGACUAGGAACGUAGCGACAAAAUCAGAGGCAAAACCAAGAAGUCAGUCGUUUGUAACCUCUCUAUUCUGUGGCAUUAUGCUUGAAGUGUUUUUUUUUGAAAAUAAUUCUUUCAUGGAAGAAUUCAUUUUUUUUCUAGCUUAUGUAUAAUGUUGGUUGAUUGGUUUGAUCAUCAUGGUCAUAUAUGUUUGAUAUUUGAAAGAUUGGGUCUGAGUGUUUUUGAGUUCAUGGUAAGUUUGGGGACCAAGUAACUGAUAGAUGAACCAAGUACACAACCAACUGACAGUCUCACAGUGGAAUUUGGUUAUGGUUCUGUUGGUGAAUGACUCCUAAAUUCUUGUGAAUUUUCAUAUUUUUCUAGAAAGAGAAUAGCUAUCAAGGUUAUCCUUUAGAUCAAGUUCGACACAUUUCCUACCAACUAACUGCAGCAAUAAAAUGUAAGCUUCUAAUCUUCGUGUUUGUUUUACACGUUUCUCCUGAUCUUUUUCCAAAGUAUCUGUUUAGAUUCAUCUCUUUUAACUAAGUAUCUUAUAAAUUUUCAUAAUUUUUCUCCUCUAGUUUUACACAGUAUGUCUCUUUGUCACACUGACUUGAAACCAGAAAACAUGUUAUUUGUGGAUUCAUCAUCUGAUUUGUUCCGCAAUGAAAAAAUGGUAGGUUGGAUGUAGGAAUGUUCGGUAUGAGAAAUUUCCGGUAUCGGUAUAUCGUAAAAAUUUCUACCGGUUUUCCUUUGAUAAGUGUAAAGUAAAUUUCUUUAAUUGAAGUUUGAAGGAAAUUUUGAGUAAUUCUAAAAGGGAAAAUGAUAAUUUCGAACAUGUUUCGAACGACAUGCACGUACUCAGUGUAAAAUGUCAUUGAAGUGGAAAUUCUAAAUCUUUGCAGUAGAAAGUUCUUUGAAUUGCCAUUCAGUAGUAAAAUAAAGGUUAUGGUUUCGCCCAUAUAGUUGGUAAAUUUAACACGGUAAUGUAUACCAAAAAAUUCCGGUAUAUCCGAAAUUUUUGGUAUAUCGAUAUGGUUGAAUAUCCGGUAUCGAUAUACCGAUAUUGAUUUAAUACCGAUAUUUUCGGUAUAUCGGUAUACCGAACAGUCCUAGUUGGAUGAGGAAAAAAAGAUGGGUGUCACCAAGCACUAUAUCAUGCAGCCUGCAGUUAGAGACAGUUUAAGACUCUCAAAAGAUGAAUUACCGUUCAGGUUUUUUUUUCUACAACCAUUCCAAUAGGAGAAAAAUCCUCCACAAGUUGUUUGAUUGUCUGUCAUUUGGAUGAAAAGUCAUGUGAUUGCAAACAAAGAAAAAAAAAGAAUUGAGAUUGAAUUGUUUAAUUUUCUUGUUAUGAGUGUCAACAAUUUUAGGUUCUGCUGUCCUGAAGUGCUUACUGAAAGCAAUGUGGGUUGGGAAGUGAAAUUUUGGCUAAGGCAGUGGACUUGUGUGGGUAAAGUUAAUAUACAUAAAUGUUUUUCAGAAGACACGUGAUAGAAUUGUUCGAAAGCCGGAUAUCAAGGUCAUUGAUUUUGGUUCUGCAACAUUUGAAGAUGACCAUCACAGUAGGACUGUGUCAACGCGACAUUACCGAGCACCAGAGGUGGUUUUAGGUAAGGAUAUUUGUUUUAAAGUUUAUGAGUUCACAGCCAAAAAUUUAUGAGUUCAUGGCCACCAUGUCGAUGGACAACUCUUAUGCGUUUCUUUGAACGAACUUAAGACGUUUAGAUAGAUAGAUAGAUACUACUAUUACUACAGUUUUAAUAGCUACUGCCUUGUUUUUACAUUUGUGUAGAAUUAGGGUGGAGCUAUCCAUGUGAUGUAUGGAGCAUUGGAUGUAUUAUGUUUGAGUUAUAUACUGGAUUCACUUUAUUUCAGGUUAGUAGCAAGCUCUUUCACUGUUUAGGUUUUGCCAUAUUGUGGCACUGAAUUGUUAAAUUGUUUAUUUCAGACGCACGAGAACAAAGAGCAUCUUGCAAUGAUGGAAAGAAUUCUCGGGCGGUUACCUUCGUCAAUGUGUUGGGAAUCAAAGUAUGUUCAUAUCAAUAGACCUUGUGCAUAAUGACGUCACAAGGAUUGAUGCCCGCGAGUUAUGCUGGUCUUAGUAUAGCCCGGGAAAAUUAAACAAUUCAAAAUGGCCUCUAUCGAAAUUUUCCCAGGCAAUGAUUACUAAGAACGGCAUUCCUCGCGGGCAUCAAGCCUUGUGACCUCAUUAUGCAUAAGGUCUAUUACUGUGAUAUACUUAAUACACACGGCUUGCAUAUAAUCUAUUUGUUAUUUUUCUAGGAAAACGAAGUAUUUCUACAAAGGAAGAUUAGAUUGGGACGAGAGAAGUAGCGAUGGGAAAUACGUGAGAGAGAACUGUAAAUCAUUACGAGUAAGAAUAUAAUGUGUACAUUAAAACCCGCAUAUAAGAACCUAGAAUUUAAAAACCUGAAAACUCCUUUUUCAAAUGUCAUAACUUCUUUUUCGAAUGCCAAAACUCAGUUUUCAAAUGCCAAAACUCAGUUUUUAAAUGCCAAAGCUCAGUUUUCAAAUGCCAAAACUCAGUUUUCAAAUGCCAGAAUUCAGUUUUCAAAAGCCAGAACUUUUGCUAAAAUAUUACCUGCUUGAAACCCAAGAAUUGCAGAUUUUUAACCAACGCCUUUUCGUACAUACACUAACUAUUGUGCAACGUAUUCGUUUUAGAAAUACGCUAAAAGUAAGGAAGAAUCCCACCAAAGUUUUUUCGAUCUCCUGGAGUGCAUGUUGGAAUAUCAACCUGAGCAAAGAAUUACAGCUGCCGAAGCUUUAGAACAUCCUUUUUUUGACCAAAUGUGCUCUCCGAGCAGAACUAAUAGCAGUUCACCACGCACGAGCAGGUGACAGGCGGGGAAUUUUGAAGAGGAAGACAAGAGUCACCACCGGCAGAUAAUCAGAGCUGUGGAAGAAUUAGAAGCAUUUCGAUAUAUACAUACAUAAACGGGAAUAGGUGACAUAAUACAGUGAAGUUUUGAAGAAGGUGAUUUGAAUGAUCAGGGUGAAGGCAAGGAUCAGGGUGAAUUACUGAGGCAGAGAAAUCUCCAAUAUAUGCAUACAUGCAUACAUACAACACCAGCAGAGAAUCAUAGCUGUGGAAGAAUUAGAAGCAUUUCCUUCUCCAAGCAGGACUGAUAGCAUUUCACCACACACCAGGCCAUACAGGGAGACGUCGAUAAGAAUGAAGAGAAAACUCACAACGAAAUACCAGGAAGAAAUCUAUGAGUAUUCCACGUAUACAACACCAGCAAAGCUGACCCUAUAUAUAUAUCGUUUCUGCUAACAACAGCCUUACCACUGGGACCCUAGGGUGGAGUUAACCAGACCCGAGGAAGCACUGUCGUGCAACAGAUGAGAUGGCAAUCAACUUACACAGUUUAUAGUUUAUUAUAUCUUGUACUCGAGCAUUCACAGUUGUAGUUUAAUGUUUGUGUUUCGUUAAACCUGGUUUCCAUAUUUGGUCGUAAUAGUCGUAAAAAUAGAGUCACGAUCUUUCUCAACGGCCAGUUUCUAAUAGUUUAUACCUGUAAACCACAUAUAAAUCAUAAGUAUUCUCAAGUUAUAAUCACCCCGCGUAUUUUCAGUUCUAAUUUCGGCCAUCGCCUAUCGAAGGGAAGAUGGCUGUGAAACUCAUUAGAAUAAGAAUAUAAUUCCUUAUCUAUGUUAGUCAACGUUUAUUCAUAAACCUGGUCGUUUCACCGUCACGUGUGUAUUGUAUUUUUACAAAAUCUACCAAAGCAAUUUCCAGUUUCCCUAUUGUUCGAGUCAUGGAUAGGUGACUUUCCUAAAAUAUUGCUAUUGGUUAGUUGGGCAAGAAUACAAUACACACGUGACGGUGAAAGACCAGAUUUAUGAAUAAACGUUGACCAACAUAGAUAAUGAGUUAUAUUGUUAUUCUAAUGAGUUUCACAGCCAUCUUCCCUUCGAUACGCUAUGUUUCGGCUGAUGAGAAAGAUCGUGACUCAAUCUUUACGACCAUAUGGAAACAACGCCUUAGUACAAUGUUUGUGUUUCGCGAACAAAGUUUUCCUUGACAAAUUUUCCCUUAACAAGUUUUGUUGGUGUGUACGGCAAAAAAUGGACAAUUUUUCCUUGCCAAGAAAUUGACAAUUUUUCCUGUCAUGCCAGCUUUUGGAGAAGGAAAAUUUGUUCGCGUGUACGGCCGCCAAGGAAAGCUUGACAAGUGCACAAGAAAUACUUGUGUGGUAUUGGCGUGAAAUAGAUAUUCAACACCAUUUCAUGAAACAAAACUUGUCAAAAGGGAAAGUUGUCAAGGGAAACUUGUUCGCCGUACGUACGGGUAGCUCCUUAGACGUCGUGCAUAUGAUAAUGUGAAAGUUUAUAUCGAGUAUUUUUUGUUCCUCAAUAUAGUAUUUUGUAUGAUCGCUCGCCAAAGCUAUCACAUGUAAAUUAUUUUGUAUACAAUACAAUCACAAUUGAAAUAUAUUUUAAUUUAUGUUUCAUAAUAAAUCUGAUAUACAAAUGAUAAAGUCGUCGUAUUUUUA